AUGCAACGCCCACAGGUUGGUGACUUUGGGAUCGUGGACAGUGGUGGCAACCUGUCGGCUGCGUCGUCGGAUGCAUCAUCGCUGAGCGUGCCAGGAUCGGGGGGACCAGGUGGUCACCGUCACAGCAUUCCAUGGGGCCGGCGCCGGAGUUCCACGUGGACGGGCCGGUACUCGGACGCCAUGGACCCAGAAUUUGCGGACUUGCAGCGAAUGACCACCAGAGGCAGCGUGGGCAUGCACAGCCUGUCGGACUCGCUGCACAAGCUGACAUUCACUCAGAGCCUGGCGUUCCCGGAACUGGCACGCAAGCUGGCCAGCAGACGGCGACAGGAACAGCUGCGGGCCGCCAUCAACGACAACAGCCAGGACGACUUCGAGACGUGUUCAAAGUUCGUCGCCGUUGCCGGUGGGUUCCUGCUCAGCCUGAUGGUGUACUGCUUCGUGAAUAAGUACGUAAAAGUAUAA